AUGAAGAGUCUUCGAAGAGAUUUGUCUUCGGACCCGCAUGCCGCAAAUGUCACCAGCAAAGUCUUCGUCCGGUCCACGAAAAGUGGAAAGGUGCAAAAGAUCGUUCGUGAGCUCUAUCUGAGACAGGAUAUCCCGUGCUCAUCGAAGCUGUGCUCGACAUGUCCGCAUGUCGCGCCGACUGAUGCAAAUGGAAAUAUUACGCCUUUUGUUCUUUCAGAUCAACCCGCCGGUACCAGCGCCUUCCCCCGAGGUCACUACCUUGUUCCCGAUACGAAUGCGCUUUUGAACGGAAUGGACCUCUUUGAACACACCGGAGCCUUCUACGAUGUGAUCGUUCUCCAAACCGUGCUCGAGGAGCUGAAGAACCAGUCUCUACCCCUCUACAACCGCUUGCUUUCUUUGAUCAAAACCGACGAGAAGCGCUUUUACCUCUUCUUCAACGAGUUUCGACUGGAGACACACGUUCGCAGGGAUCAGAAUGAAUCGAUAAAUGAUCGCAACGAUCGAGCGGUGCGGGCUGUAGCAAAGUGGUACACAGAACAUCUGCAGAGCACACUCAGAAAAGGAAAGAAAGAGAAGGGUAUCCCCGUCAUUGUGGUGAUUACGGAUGAUAAAGACAGCUUGAGAAAGGCGAAGGAAGAGGGUGUGACAGCUCUGUCGCUGCCAGAUUACGUUGCUGGCUUGGAGGACUCCGACAGGUUGCUCGAUAUGAUCAACGAGUCUAGGGAAGCUCGGGAAGCGAAGGGUGCGCGUGGAGAACUUUUCUAUCCGGAGUACUAUACCAUGUCGAAGCUUAUGACGGGGAUUCGGGCUGGAACGUUACAUCAAGGCGUCUUCAAUGUUUCGCCAUACAACUAUCUAGAAGGCUCCGUCAACGUCGCAGCAUUCGAUAAGCCUCUCCUGAUCCUGGGCCGGGAUAACAGCAACCGAGCCAUCUCCGGAGAUGUCGUUGUGAUUGAAGUGCUCCCGCAAGACCAAUGGAAGUCUCCCUCGACCAAGCUUGUCGAUGAAGAGGCAGUGACCAAGAACGACAAUCCCGAUGCUGGGGAUAACGAAGCGGUGGUUACUGAAAAGGAGCGGAAGGCUUUGCAGGAAGAGGUCAAGAAAGCCCACGGAAAGAACUCGGAGGGCAAGCCUCAGCCGACAGCCAAGGUUGUUGGUGUUAUGAAGCGAAACUGGCGACAGUACGUUGGGCACGUCGACUCGGGCUCUACAGGAACCCAGGCAAGCUCUGGACGACGACAGCAAAAUGUGUUCGUUUUGCCCAUGGAUAAGAAGGUUCCGAAAAUCAGGGUUCGCACCAGGCAGGCCGGAGAUCUUCUUGGACAGCGGAUCCUUGUCACAAUCGAUGCCUGGGACCGGGACUCUAGAUACCCGACAGGUCACUUUAUUCGGUCUUUGGGAGAGUUGGAGACUAAGGGGGCAGAAACGGAGGCUCUUCUUCUAGAGUAUGAUGUUCAAUAUAAACCAUUCCCUAAGGCCGUUCUGGACUGUCUCCCGGCUGAAGGACACGAUUGGAGAGUUCCAGCGAGCAAGGAGGACGUCGGUUGGACAGGACGAAAGGACCUGAGGGAUCUCCUCAUUUGCAGUAUCGAUCCCCCGGGCUGUCAAGAUAUUGAUGAUGCGCUCCAUGCGCGGCCGCUGCCUAAUGGCAACUUUGAAGUCGGUGUUCACAUUGCGGAUGUGUCGCACUUUGUCAAGCCGAACAACGCAAUGGAUCUCGAGGCGAGCCUACGUGGAACGACAGUGUAUUUGGUCGACAAGCGUAUCGACAUGCUUCCGCACUUGCUGGGCACAGAUCUUUGCUCUCUCAAGCCCUACGUGGAACGUUAUGCCUUCUCCGUCCUGUGGGAAAUGACUCCUAACGCCGAGGUUGUUUCCGCUGACUUCACGAAGUCUGUUAUUCGAUCUCGUGAAGCAUUCAGUUAUGAGCAGGCCCAAAAACGCAUUGACGAUUCUUCGCAGAAGGACGAAUUGACAGAGAGCAUGCGCACUCUGCUGCGUUUCUCCAAGAUUCUCCGCCAGAAGCGAAUGGAUGCAGGAGCGCUUAACCUUGCUUCACCGGAAGUUCGAAUCGAGGCUGACAACGAUGAGGUUGGAGAUCCGCUUACUGAUGUCAAGACCAAAGCCAUGCUGGAGACAAACAGUCUUGUGGAGGAGUUCAUGCUUCACGCCAACAUCACCGUUGCAGCCAAAAUCUACGACUGUUUCUCUCAAACCGCCUUACUACGACGACACGCCACCCCUCCGCCGCAGAAUUUCGAAGAUCUCACCAACCAGCUUACCAAGAAACGGGAUAUGAGACUCGACGUCUCCAGUUCCCGGGCUCUUGCUGACUCGCUCGACAGCUGUGUUGAUGAGAAAAACCCCUUCUUCAACACCCUGGUUCGUAUUCUUGCCACUCGGUGCAUGACAUCUGCAGAGUAUUUCUGCGCUGGCGCCCAUGCUGAGUCAGAGUUCCGCCACUACGGACUGGCGUCACCCAUCUACACCCACUUUACCUCACCGAUUCGACGAUACGCCGAUUUGCUGGUUCACCGACAAUUGGCAUCUGCCAUUGGUUACGACGGCGAAGAUGGCCGCGCGUCUGUCGAGGGUGUCAUGACUCGUAACCGUUUGGAGGAUAUUUGCCGCAACAUCAACUACCGGCAUCGCAAUGCCCAAUUUGCCGGUCGAGCCAGUAUCGAAUAUUACGUUGGACAAGCCCUCAAGGCCCGUGGCGAGAAGGUGGCCGUGGACGGCGUGGACGCGGGUAUCGAUGAGGAAGGAUACGUCAUGCGUGUGUUCGAGAACGGAGUGGUGGUGUUUGUACCGCGCUUCGGCAUCGAAGGUGUUGUCCGCCUGGAGGACUUCGUGCUGCCUGGCGACUCGACCGUACGAUCAGUCGAGCAGCGACGAGAACUGGUGGUGCGCCGUGAGAGUGACUUCGACAACGAGGAAUACACGCUGCAUGUUUCGGAUAAGGGACAGUCCGAUAAGAGUCGGGGUAUGACGGUUGAGCUUUUCCAGCGAGUCCAAGUCAACGUUAGCUCUGUGAAGGAAGAAAGUGGCCGGGGAGCUGGAAAGAGAAGAGUACGUGUUUUGGUGCUGGGAAGCUAA